CGCGAACGCGUGCUACACCAGCAUCUAAUUUUGAGCGCGACCUUAAAAUAAAAGUUGCCAACUCCCAUACCUGGCCUGAGGACUUCGUUGCAAAUGCAUGCCCGUAUACUGCGAGGAAGAUGCAACAAUCCUUAACAAAGUUGCAUGAGCAGUUAAGCAAACGUUCCAGUGUCCAAGGUCAAGAGCAAAUUGGGUUCAAACAUAUUUUAGAGCAUUUUGCCGCGAAACAAUAUUUACGGCUUUUUCGUGACUUCAAGGGUGAUUUUCACGGCACUAACAGGUCCAGAGAACCUCUGUUUAGUGGGUCGACGCUUUCUUCGUCUUACGUACAUGGAACGCGCUGGACUGUUCACGAGAAACGAAUUUUCUUUCAAUCUCUAGCCCGUCAUGGACGUCGCAAAUGUGCAGCCAUAGCAGCCGACAUUCGCACGAAGACAGAAGCUCAGGUGUACAAUUAUAUUUCUCUUUUGGAGACGCAAUUGCGCUACGUCAAAAAACGUUGGCCGAAAAGAAAGCAGUUGAAGGUACUCGUCCAGUUUCAAGACAUUCCGGCAGCCAUGGAAAUGAGCGAUGAAUGGGUUGAAUGGGAGGAACUUCAAUCGCAGGACUUCAUUCAGAAAACGAAUGUUCGUGAGGAAAAGACGUGGAAACGUACUUGUCGAAAAUCGAAUACAUGCCCGUCAUUGUCCGUCUUUCAAUCGAUGCCAGCAGAGAAACGGGAUGCGUGCAUGGAAUCACAACCCAUGUGGGAUUUAUUCGACAUGAACUACCUGCUCGAGUGCUCGGGAUUGUUUUACAUACGAAGUGAGGAUGCUGACAUGCGAACGGAUUUUUUGUGCGACAUUUAUGACUUGGUAAAACAGAAAACAAAGGAGCUUGUAACACGGUCUCUCGAGCUCGCCGACUUGCGGUUAAGCAGCACAGAAUCGUCUUCCUGCUACCGGCGGAGUGCGAUCGUUAAGCCAAACGAUGUUGUGUUAGCGGUGAAGCUCGGUGAGUUUCACCAGCACGACAUCAGAGACUUUUGGGUGACACUGCCACAACGAUUAGGCUUGGAAGUGACCAAACGGAACCGUUUUUUGGGGGACACGGAGUAUGCUGGCACAGCUCUCAACCGCAAGCGUUAUGCCGAACCCAAUUGUCGUCUUCGUGUAAAGCGUCGAUGCACCAUGAGAGGCGAUAACGCAUCGAUGGAUGCUUUGGAAUGUCGUAUCGAGAAGCAUCAGCCGUUUGCGGAGCAAGAAAAUGGUGCUGAAAGCGAUUCUGACAGUGGACAUGCAACUUUACAAAGUUUAUCCGACUCCGAAGUUGAGUCCUAUCUGUCGCACGAAACGAACGCCGAUAUUGUUCGGCCGCUUCAACAAGGCGCCACUUCGAAUGAGUUGGAGAGCCCACAGGCAGACUCCGUGAUGGCGCCAGAGAAUGCUGAAGAUGAGUCGUCUAAACUCUUGUAUGCCGUGCGUGAAGACGACUCGCUUGACGAUGGUGACGAGUCGAUUGACGCGAUUGAUCAGCGCAACAGCAAGCUGUACGAGUCGGAACUUUGGGAGUUUGUGUGCGGUAAACGGUCUCUCAUCCCCAACCCUAUUUACCAGCGGCGCAGAAUGCUUACUUUUGGUGCUGACCAGAAGGCCAUCGAUCACAAUGUCGAGCGCAUGUUUUCACCGUGGCCGACUCAGUCACGUAAAGAAAAAGGCGCAUCUGUUUCGGUAUUUUCUGCCUCCAUGUUGAAAGAAGCUUCUACCCCGUCCAUCAAUCCUCUGUCCGCCGCAGCAUCCGCUCAACAGUCCACCGACAAAGAAGGCCUUGCCAAUUCCAGCAUGGACGUCGACACACUUUGUUGUUUUCCAGUGUCUGAGUGGGAGCAACAGACGGCCUACUGUGGGCGGACCUUUCUUCAGGAUGUGCUACCCUUUCCAUUCUAAACAGUAUGGAGAAAGACGUUUGUUAAUAUUCGACGCAUGUUCUUUGCGAUCCGUCAAUGUCGUUCCGACCAUGCCGUUCCGGCCAUGCUUUUUAUUCAUCCCAACCCUCCGGUCACCUUCGUUUCCUAUUAUGUUUGCAGCACAAAAAAAACAUGUCCGUGCAUGCAUUCUCCCUCCGUUCUCCUCUUCCUUCCCGCCCUCUUUUUGUCAUCGUCCUCUGUACCGCUUUCGUGUCACUCCUCAGUUAUUUUUGAAUUUUUUUUGGGUAUAAACAUAGAUCCUAUGAAAGCAAUGAUUGCAUUUAUUGCUAUAUAAAAGUUGUGAUU